GAUGAGCAGCCGCCACUGCUUUCAAGCUUGGCAGGAGGUGUCAGGAGUGGAUGGUGGAUCCACAACCUCCAGGACUUUGAUACCAGAGUGCAGCGUUCACAUCCUGAGGGCUCCUGUUGUGGCGACGUGGGGAGAGUCACUGGACCAGCUCCUGGAGUGUAAAACAGGUCAGCUGGUGUUUGAGAACUUCUUGAGGACAGAGUACAGUGAGGAGAACCUCCUAUUUUGGCUGGCGUGUGAGGACUAUAAGAAAAUUACCAAUGAGACUGAAAUGACGGUUGCAGCCUCAAGGAUCUACAAAGAGUUUGUCCAAGUUGAUGCGCCUCGACAGAUAAACAUUGACUGCGGAACGAGAGAAGAAAUCAGUGAAAAUAUCUCACAGCCGGGGCCAAAUUGCUUCAACAGGGCACAGAGAUUGAUAUAUGGUCUGAUGGAAAACGACUGUUAUCCGCGAUUUCUGAAAUCAGAGAUCUACCAAACUCUCCUGGAACAGGCUGAAUAGCAAUGAAAGCAAUGUUAUGAAAUGAAGCUUGUCUGACUCCUCUGAAUGAUUGGUUCUACACUUCAGACUGUUCUGCUUAGAAAGUGACUGUUAACCAAACAGAAGGUUCGUCUGUGUGUAGAAGUUAAAAUGAAAGUCGAUACAGAACUGUCAGUGUGAGGGCUGAUAAGAUCCAAAAGUCAAACAUGUUGUAAAUAAUGUAUUGAACAGUUUUUGAACUUCUAUUCAGAACUGCUUUAUGAGAAAAAAAAAAAAAAAAAAAGAAACAAGUAAAUCGGAAAAAGGCUGUUGUCAAGUUUAGAAGUUAGAUUUUUUCAUAGGAAAGAAAGUAGUAGUACCGGAUGUGUUCUUGGUAAGUUUUGAAAUAAAGUAGAAAAUGCAGGCAAAUGUCCAUGUUUGUUUGUUUCCUUUGUAAAUAGCAUUGGUGGAUUUAUUAUUAUCUCCACCAAGGAGGAAAUAAGCUGCUGUUUGCUUACCUGACAGUUAGAUUACAUAAAAAAAUUCCACUGAUUCUCAUGAAAUUUGGUGGAAGGGAAGGGCAUUCUCAUGAAAGCUAUAAAAUCCCUCCAUCUGCUCCCUUUUUUAUUUACAAUUACAAAAAAAAAAAAAAAAAAAAAAAAAAAAAAAAAAAAAAAAAAAAAAAAAAAAAAAA